GCUCGUCCUCGUCUUCCCCCGCUUCCUUCCUUUCCGUCUCGCCUCUGCCCUCGCCGAGGCGAACGCCCAAUCCGAUCCCAAUCCCCAGCGCGGAGACGCCAGCCACCAUCCCCCGCCGCCACCGAUGGCCGCGCGGCGCGGGCCCCACGUCAUCAGCCUGCACGAUCCCAACCCGCCCCUCCUCGGCCGCGCGCCGGGGCCCGCGGCGCCCGCCGCCCCCGCGCCCGCGCCGGGCCCCGCCGCGCACCCCGCCUUCGCCGCGAUCGAGCAGCGCCUCCUCGACCGGAACCUGGACAUCCAGGAGCUGCUCGUCGACAACCAGCGGUUCGCCGCCACGCACGUCGCGCUCCAGAAGCAGCUCAUCGCGGCGCAGCACGAGCUGCGGGCGGUCUCCGUCGCCGCCACCAGGGCCCGCGCCGAGCGGGAGGGCGAGGUGGACGCCCUGGCGGAGCAGGCCGCGCACAUCGAGGCCGAGGCGCGGGCCGUCUCCGCGGCGCGCGCGGAGGUCGACAAGGUGCACGCCGACGUCCAGGUGCUCGCGGCGGCGCGCACCGAGCUCGUCAACCGGCUCCAGGGCCUGCGGGAGCAGCUCGCGCGCAAGCAGGCCGAGACGAGUAAGACCGAUGCCGUCCGGGCGCAGAUUGAAACGAUGCGCCGGGAGAUCCAGAAGGGCAGAGCUGCGGUUGAUUUCGAAAAGAAGGCACAUUCUGAUAACCUUGAGCAAAGUAAAGCGAUGGAGAAAAACAUGAUCGCUGUGGCUAGUGAGAUUGAAAGGCUUCGGGGAGAGCUUUUAAAUGCUGAAAAAGGGACCACUGCUGUCAACCCAGCAGCAGCUGUUCCUAACUCUGGCUAUUGUUUUAUACGAGGGGUGGUUACUCGAGUGGGCCCUGGGUACUAUUCAGAAGACUAUCCCUACAUCUUCUGGCUUCUCCAAACAGGAUAUGCUGCAGCUUAUGGCAAUUCUGAGGCAACAUAUACCACAAUGUAUGGUAAUCCUGAGGCAACAUAUGCUGCACAGUCUUAUCCCGAUGCUUAUAGCACUAAUCAGGCUCAUCUGCACAUGCAAGGCAAUUCUCAUUACAUGAGUCAACCUGUUUCCUAUGGACAAUAUGAGAGCCAGCACACCAAUGUUCAAAGAUGACUGCCAACUCAAGAUAGCUUUGACUUACCAAUGUAAAAGUAUAGUCGUAGAGUCAGCCAAAUUAUGCAUGUUAGAGAUGUUCAUUACAUGGAACUAUGGAAGUGCUAUAAGUCCUCUUGUUCAUGUUUUUUUUUCUGUUUAAUUUGUUCCAGAAUGUAUGAGGCGGAUUUUGGAGCAAAAAUCUUUCUUGCCUCUCGUUGUACUAGCCAAAUGAUUUAUCAGUUAGUUCUGCAAAUCGGUGUUGUUAUUCAGGGAUGCUGAAUUGCUGAUGACUCGAACUUGUAGUGGUGCAGACAAUGUACAUAUGAAUGGAUACUGACUGCAAGUUGGAUCA